UAAUUUAAUAUGAAUUAUCAUUCUAUUUGCUGAUCCAGAAUUAAUAUAUAUGGUGACACGGUGCGAAAAUAAAAAAAGUAAAAUGAAAUAGAGAUUGUCACAGAAGGUGAACCCAGAUCACACAUCACAGAGAGAGAAAGUAAACAUCAAAGAUGGGUCUUUGCUUUGGUUGCUUCGGUGUAGACAAACGCAUGAGCAAGGAAGAAGAGAGAUUGGCCUCUGAAGAAGCGCGAGCCAAAGCUGCUGAAGCCGCACAGAAAAGGCAAGAGCAAUUUGAGAAUUCUGCGGCGGGACGCGCUGCACGUGCACAUCAACAAGGACUAGCCAAGCAGUCUGCAAGUUCCAACAAAGGCGAACCAGUUCUAAAGUGGCAAAUGGGUUGAGGUUAGACAUUCUGUUUGUUGGAGUUAACUUUUUAUUACGUGUAAGGUCCAAUCAAAAAUCUACUAUGCCCCGUAUGCUUCCCUUGUAAAGAUGUAAAGAUCUUUACUACAAUUGUAUCACAAGUGCAAUUUGUUGUUUUCCAAACCAAGAAAUAGUGUUUGAUUGUAAAUUUGUAAAGAAUUCGUGGUGAAUGGAAACGUGGAUAAGUUGAGAUGGAAGUUUAUUUUCCUCUUCUA